CAUAUUCUGAAGCCAAACGCAGACUUAUCAAGUUCUGUGAAACUAGUAGUACUGCUCUGAAGAAUUAAUACUGAAGAAUUAUUAACGUCUAAGCCAAGAGUUCGUGUUCCAAAACGCAAGUAUUCAUCUUCUGAAGAGGAGACUUCUGUCAUUAGUACUUUGAAUAAUCAAAAUUUGUCCAGAAAUGUUAAAGUUACUCAAAAAACUCACACUGAAAUCCAGAAAGGUUUAAUGAACAUUCCAAAACCAAAAAAACCGAUUGAUUUUUUUAAUAAUGAUGAUGAAACCCUUCAACAAACUCCUAACAUUCUAAAACCAAAAAUCACUCAAAAAACUCACACUGAAAUCCAGAAAGGUUUAAUGAACAUUCCAAAACCAAAAAAACCGAUUGAUUUUUUUAAUAAUGAUGAUGAAACCCUUCAACAAACUCCUAACAUUCUAAAACCAAAAAAACUGAUCGAUUUUUUUAAUGAUAAUGAUGAUGAAAACCUGCAGAUUAAUAUAACUGAAGAUUGUACUGUAUCUAGUCCAGAAAUGUUUACAGAAAAAAACACUACAACAGACUACAGUCAAGGUCAAGAUGAACACAUUAUGAUGUGUUUAUAA